GAUCAAUGACUGCAAAUUCGAAUAAAUGCCACGGACCAGGAUAGGGUGGAGUUUUAUUGUCACACGGUACCUUUGAGCUUUCCGGCUGGUGAAUCUUGCCAGUCCUUCUACAUGGGUCAUGAAUGGCUAACCCUAAUGUAAAAGCUUCGGCAUGGCUUUCAAUGGAUUCCACAACUUUCCACAAAUAGUACGUACAUCUGUGGAAUUUUGCUCAGCUUUACGAUAUAUAAUACGGGGUCACUUUACCUAUGGAAACCAAAGAAAAAAAGGAUCUCCUUGUCUACAGGUAGUAUGGAGAUUCCUAAUCGUUCGUUUUCUUGGUAUUCUGUGCUCCUUGCUGCUGGUUCAUUUUUCUUCUUCUUCUUUCUAUGGAGAAGAGAGCGGAGGACGAGGCUUUGUCUGCCCCCUGGGCCUCGUGGUUGGCCUAUUCUGGGAAACCUCUUUCAGCUGGGGAAAAUGCCUCACCACUCUCUUUAUGCUCUCUCUCUGCAAUAUGGUCCACUCAUGACUGUCCGUCUGGGCAUGAAAACAACAGUGGUGGCGUCCUCUCCUGCCAUGGCCAAGGAGAUCUUCAAAACACACGACCACAUCCUCGCUGGGCGGCCGGUGAUCGAAUCAAACAAAACGCUGUCACAUGACAAAUACUCACUAGUUUGGGCUGAUUGCGGUCCUUACUGGAGCCACCUCCGUCGCAUUUACACUUUUGAGCUCUUCAGCCGCACUAGAUUGGAAGCUCUGCAACAUCUCAGACGAGAUCAGGUGUUUAGCACGAUUCGACUCAUAUUCGAGGACAAGGGAAAGGUUGUGAACAUCGGGCAUACGGUGUUCUGCACGUCUCUGAAUUUGUUAGGCAACAUGAUCUUCAGUACAAGUGUCUUCGAUCCUCACGAUCCGGCUUCUGCGGGGUUCAGAGAUACCAUCUGUGAAAUCAUGAAAGUCAGUGGAAAGCCCAAUUUGGUGGACUUUUUCCCGUUUCUCCGAUUCCUCGACCCCCAGGGAGUGUCCCGUGUGAUGGCCAUGCAUGUCAAGGCAUUGUAUGACUUUUCCGAUAAGUUCAUACAAAAAAGGCAAAGCUUUCAGCGUAACAACUCGGAGAAGGAUUUUCUGGAUGUUCUGCUGGAUUACACAACUGAAGAUUUCACCCUCGCUGGUGUUCGAGCAUUAAUAGCUGAAUUGUUUCUUGCAGGUACUGAGACGACCACUACAGCAAUAGAAUGGGCCAUGGCAGAAUUUAUUCGCAAUCCUAAGAAAUUAAACCGAGCCCGUCAAGAACUCGAUGAAGUUGUUGGUUCCAACCGGAAAGUGGAGGAAUCUGACUUGGAUCGUCUGCCGUAUCUCCAUGCAGCCGUGAAAGAAGCAUUCCGAUUGCGCCCGACAGGUGCUUUGCUGCUCCCCCACAAAGCCAGAAGCAACUGCGAGAUCGGGGGGUUUGUGAUACCCAAGGACACCCAGGUGAUGGUGAACGUUUGGGCUAUUGGGAGAGACCCUUCGAUUUGGAACAAUCCUUCCGAAUUCAUGCCCGAGAGAUUUCUGGAGGGCGAGAAUAGCAAGAUGGAUUACAGGGGACAUGACUUCGAGCUGAUUCCAUUCGGAGCAGGAAGAAGAAUUUGUCCAGCGCUUCCAUUGGCAAGCCGUAUGGUUCAUUUGGUUUUGGCUUCUUUACUUCAUUCAUUUGAGUGGGAACUUCCUGAUGGGAUGAGUUGUGAGCAGAUGGACAUGAGCGACGAGUUUGGAGUUACUUUAAAGAAGGCUGAAGACUUAAAAGCGAUCCCCACGCCACGUCUCCCAAAUCAUAUAUACUAGGGGUCCCAAUUUGUGUUACAACUUAUUAUAUAACGUAAUCUAAUAAAUACAAAUAUAUAUUGGAAUAAAUAUAUAGAUAAGUAUGAUCAGAAUAAGUAGUGUAGUUCGUUGAGGGUAUUGGGUUCUUUCUAUAUCGGUUUUGAGGUUGAUUCUCUAUGUUCAGACUUACUUGAAAGUGGUGGCUUGCAAGUGAUUGUUGUCAUCCUUGAGGAGAUUAGUCUUGCCCUAGGAGAGACCUAGGUUGGGUUGGGUUGUAGAGACACUCUGAGUUAUCAAUAGGUGUGUGUAAUUUGAUAAAAUAGAGAUAAGUUUGUGAGAAUGUAUGUAAGGUUACUUGCAACAAAUUAAACAAGAAUAUAUGUAGAACUACGUAAAUAGAGGGUUCUCCUCUCUCUCUCUC